AAAGUUUCAACACUGCUAAAAAUCCCGUCUUUCUCCUCUGUUUCUCUCAAACUAGAAAUGAGAGUGCUUUGAGGGUUGUGCUUGGAACUGAGAAAUGGGUCGGGGAGGUGGGUUUUGUUGGGCACCGGUGGCAGCUCCGGUGGGUGUGCAGACGGAGGAUCAAUGGAAACAUUUCGACAGCUCGGUUAAUGCGGUUUCGUUUGGAUUCGUGGCGACUGCCAUUCUCAUCUCCAUGUUCUUAGUCAUGGCGAUCUUUGAGAGAUUCCUCAGACCCAACUCCUCAGCCGCUGGCAGGAGCCAUGACCUCGAGCCCCAGAUUGAAUUCAACGGCAAGAUGGGUCACCCCUCACCGAAAAUGACUUUAUAUGCUAAUGGAGUUUCUGUAUUGAUGCCUGGAGAUGACAUUCCAACCUUCAUUGCACACCCAGCUCCCAAACCCUGUCCCCAAGAACCAUUUUCAUUGCCUCACGGACAGCACCCUUCAUCUACCACUCUGCCCCAAAAUGAACCAUCUUAAACCCAAACCAAGCCCAAGAAAACUAAUCCCGACUUUCUACAUUCAUCCAGAACCACAAUGGCUCUCCAGUUCAUGCUACUUUACAUUGCAAGAAAGUCUUGUGUUGUCUGCUCCGGAGGUUGCCCCUUUUUUAGCUUCUAUCCAUGAGCUCCUUGUAUUGUGUACAUAUCAUUAGUUUUUUAUGAGUAGGUCUACAAGGCAUUAUCAAAAUCGCCUCGCCAUGGCUUUUAUUUCCUCCAUCUUAGGAUUGUUCAGGAGAUGUGAUUUGAAUACUGAAGAUGGAUCGGAUUGUUGCAAAUUGAAUGGAUCUGUGGUUGUAAAAGUGAAAAGUAUAUAUAAAUCAUUGUUGAAUAUGGAAGGAGUUUUCAGGGCAGUUUGUUUUGAAUAU